ACGAAUUCAAGAUCAAUGUUUCUAAGUUAUUUUUAAGAAUAAGAAUGGAAGGAGAUUGCUUUGGCAAAUUGCCGGCGGAGCUACUUGGUAAGAUAGCCACCGCGCUGCCGCUGGAUGAGGCGGCGAGGACCAGCGUCCUCUCCCGCCGAUGGCGGAGUCAGUGGAGGCUGGCAGCAUUACCAAACCGCCACUUCGCCGGCGGCAGCGUCACCAAAUUCACGCCCGACGGUUACCCAAUCUCGUGCUUCGACACCGUGGGUGACUUCCUGAGCUGGGUCGACCAGGUCAUCCGCCGGCGAGAGCCCUUCCCUCCCCGCCGCCGGACCGGCUCUCUCAUAGUACCCCGCCGGACCGACCUCUCCAUCGACUCGCUGGGGCUGAAUUUCGAUCCGGAGGAUCCCCAUUACGGAUGGAUCGAAUUCAACAAGGACAGAUCCAAAACCGCAAUCCCGUUGGUGGACGGCGCGUGCACCUGCUGCCGCUCCAAAGUCGUGUCUUUUCUUAGCCGCCGGCUUCCGCAGCCUCCUCACGGGCUCUCCCUGUGCAGUCUUUUGUCGGGCGGAAGGCGGAAGGAACUUCUCAAACAGUUGACCCUGCGGAACUGCGACAUGGACAUCCUGAGCCGCCACCUCAGCGGCGACCCAGGCCACAGCUUUGAGUGUCUGAGAUCGCUGGUGGUGCAAAAGGGGCGGUCGAUAGGGGUGAGAUUCCUGGCCAGGUUCAUCUAUGGCUGCCGGGAUCUCCGGAAUAUGACAUUGGAAGACUGCAGCAUCGUCGACGACACUGUACCUUCACGCUUCAGUGGCCUGCUGGUCAUCGCGGGCAGUCCCUUGGUGCAUUUGAGAUUGACUAGAUGCAGUGGGUUUAAUGAGAUUUGGUACCAACUCGGCAAAGUAAGGAGAUAUGCUUAUCCGUCGGAGAUCUACCAAGAGACAGUAGACUACAACUUUGCUGAUUUGGACGGAACACCGCCUCUACCCGAAGAGCGACAAGGACCUGAACUUGAGAUGCCACCCAGUCUAAGGAAUGCAUUGUUGGCGUACGAGUUACGGUUACAGAAUGAUGAUGAAGAGGAGAUUACUAUGACUGAUGAAGAGGAAGUUGCCUACAACUUUUAUGAUCAAUUUGAUCGCAAUUAGUUUUGAAAUUAUUAUUAUUAUUAUUAUUAUUAUUAUUAUUAUUAUUGAUCAUCUAGGUUAACUUAUAUUCAUCUCACCAUAUUUUUAGAUAAAUUUUCAGUCUCCUUGAGUUGGGCUGAUUGCCCUCGUAAUGCUGUCUUAGAUGUACUGGUCUACUUGGAUGAAUGACUUCUCAGAAAGGUUGUCAACCCGCGGGUUGAUCCGGACCCGGUUGAGCUAGUGGGUCAAGGGUUAAUGGGUCACCCGUUUUAUCCCGGUUUAGCCCGGAAAUAUGGAAAGCGUCAUUAUAUUGUACUUAUCCUGAUAAAUUAUAUUAAAUCUC